UCUCCAAACUCCUCACCAAUACCCCCUCCAUUCAAGUUGGUAACCAAAAAUCCAUCAUUUUUAUUGGGCCCUUGAAAAUAUCUGUUCAAAGAGCGCCUGAUGAAAAAUAUGUUGUCUACAGUAGCCUCUCUGGCUGCUUCAGCGAUGCUUAUUCGAAGUGUGGCUAAUGACUUCCUCCCCCACGAAGUUCAAGACUUCUUAUCCUCUACUUUCCGUCACCUUUCUCGUCAUUUCUGUUCUCAGUUCACCAUUGUCAUAGAAGAAUUUCAAGGGCUCUCCCUAAACCAAGUGUUUGAGGCCGUCGAUGUUUACUUGGGCACUAAAGUGACCUUGGAAACUCAAAGAGUUAGGUUGGGCAAAGCAGAGGAAGGAGAGAAACUAGAAACCAACAUGGAGAGAAAUGAGGAGAUGAUGGAUGUUUUUGAGAAUGUCAGAGUCAAAUGGAAGAUGAUCUGUACACCGCUCCAAUCAGUGGGUUUAGGUCAUCUUAACUCAUCGCUACGAUCUGAAAUCAGAUCCUAUGAGUUAAUCUGUCACAAGAAGCACAAAAACAAGGUGUUGAACUCAUACUUGCCAUACAUCUUGGAGAGAUCAAAGAUCAUCAAAGAAGAAAACAAGGCAAUCAAGCUUCACACUUCCGGUUACGGGCGUUGGGACCAUAAUACAACCAAAUUCGACCACCCUAUGACCUUCAACAUGCUCGCAAUCGACCUACAGCUCAAGAAA